AUGGGCACCGACUCACCGGCCCCCGGGCUGAGCGACAGCAGCCAAAUCACCUUCGACCUUCAAAAUCUAUCAAUGGGUCGUGGCCGGCCCUUUCCACCACCAAUUCCUGACCCUCAGCACUAUCUUGUCGAUUUUGACCUUCCAGACGACCAGUAUCAUCCCUAUAACUGGAAACUUUCUAAAAGAGUCUUUCUAUCAAUUUUAGUGUGCUCCGGAACAUUCGUUGCCUCUUUCAACAGUGCCGCGUUCGCACCAGCUAUCGAAGCAGCAGGGGUGACUUUCGGGGCCAGUGCCGAAGUAGCAACUCUGGGUACAACUUUAUUUGUAUUAGGUUUUGUGGCCGGACCAAUACUUUGGGCACCGUUUAGUGAACUUCAAGGAAGGAAGUGGCCACUGACAAUUGCAUUGGUCGGUGGCGGCAUAUUCUCCAUCGGUGCAGCAGCCUCGAAGGAUAUUCAGACCUUACUUAUCUGCCGCUUUUUUGCUGGCGUGUGUGGCUCAAGUCCCUUUUCCGUUGUUCCCGGCGUCCUCUCAGACCUCUUCGAUAACAGUUACCGCGGCGUGGCUAUCGCCAUUUAUGCACUGACAGUGUUUGAAGGGCCUUUCAUGGCACCAAUCGUCGGUUCAUUCAUCGUUGCCUCUCCAGAAGUCCUCAGCUGGCGAUGGACUCUUUACAUUCCAGCCAUUCUCAGCCUAAUCGUUGGUGGUAUUUCAACUGUUUUUUUGCAGGAGACGUAUGCCCCAUGCCUUCUGGUGAAAAAGGCUGUUCGUCUAAGGGAACUGACGAACAACUGGGGAAUUCAUGCCCGACACGAGCGGACUGAGGCAGGGGCACGAGAACUAAUCGACAAAUACUUUAUGCUGCCCCUGAAACUGCUUUUCACGGAGCCUAUCGUUUUUCUCGUUUCACUCUACAUGUCGAUUAUUUAUGGGAUUGUCUACGCCCUUCUCGAGGCUUACCCAUAUGUCUUCCAGCACGUCUACGGUAUGGGAACCGGGGCCAGUUGCCUGCCCUUUCUCGGACUUUUUUUGGGCGUACUUUUUGCGUGCGCUUUCAUCGUCAUGCAGCAAGCAGAGUAUGUCCAGCUACUGGCAAAACACGACAAUGUGCUGCGGCCUGAAUGGCCAUUGCGGUCCACAAUUGUCGGAGCUCCAGUUCUGUCUGCCGGUAUCUUCUGGUUUGGCUGGACUGCCUUCACGUCUUCAAUCCACUGGGCUGUCCCCACGGCGGCGGGGGCUUUCAUUGGCUUCGGCACACUCUGCGUCUUCCUUCCAUGUUUCAAUUACCUCAUUAAUGCAUACCUCCCUUUUUGCUGCAAACGUGAUCCUGCGUUCCUUGGUUGCGGCGAGUUUCCCACUCUUUUCCAAACAAAUGUUCCAGGCCUUAGGCACGCAGUGGGCAUGUACACUACUUGGAGGCUUGUCCGUGGUCAUGAUCCCCAUUCCUCUUAUAUUCCAAGCGUGGGGGCCAUGGCUGAGGCGAAAGAGUAA